CUCAACAUUUUUAAACACAACCAACUCUCUUGCAAAAUUUAAGGUUGUUUCUUCUAACGUUCAACACACAAGAUAGUGUGUGUGUUUGAAAAAUGGAGCAACAACGAGCAAUGUUUCCUUCUUCCAAGAGAGUUUGUACUUAUGAUGUUUUCCUCAGUUUCAGAGGAGAGGAUACUCGCUAUGGUUUCACUGGAAAUCUCUACCAUGCUUUACACCAAAAAAGAAUCAAAACUUUCAUCGAUGAUGAAAUGAUAUUGAGAGGAGAACAAAUUUCACCAACUAUUUUCAAAGCAAUUGAUGAGUCUAGAAUGGCCAUAAUUGUUUUCUCCAAAAACUAUGCAUCCUCAAAAUGGUGUCUUCAAGAACUUGCCAAAAUCAUUGGAUGUUUCAAAGACAAGGAACUAGUGGUGUUUCCAGUGUUUUACAACGUUGAUCCAUCGGAGGUUCGAAAUCAGACGGGGAGUUAUGGACAACAAUUGGCUAAGCAUGAGGAGAAAAUGAAGGAAGAAGUGCAAGGUUGGAGGUUCGCUUUACGUGAAGCUGCCAAUCUGGCAGGGUGGUGUUUUAUAGAUGGAUGCGAAUAUGAAUAUGAAUUUAUCAAAAGGAUUACUGAUACGGUGUGCAGCACAUCAAAACAGAUCCUUUCACAUGUUGAUGAUUAUGCAGUUGGACUUGAGUCACGCGUAUUUAAAAUACUAAACCGUUUGCAAAUGCCUGAUCCUAAGGUCAUCGUGAUAGGAAUUUGUGGUGUUGGUGGAAUAGGCAAAACUACUUUGGCACGAGCUGUGUAUGAUUCCAUUGGCCAACAAUUUGAAGGUCUGUGUUUUCUCAAUGAUGUCAAAGAAAAUUCAACCAAAUAUGGAUUGGCGUAUCUACAACAGGUAAUUCUUUCUGAUACGGUUGGCGAGAAUAUCAAGCUGCGUAAUGAGAAUGAAGGAAUUUCCAUCUUAAUCAGAAAUUUGCAAAGUAAAAGAAUUCUUUUGAUACUUGAUGGUGUUGACAAGUUGGACCAAUUGAAGAAUUUAGCGGGAGAACCCAGUUGGUUUGGUUGGGGGAGUAGAAUUAUCAUAACUACUAGGCAGAAAGAUAUUCUAACUUCUCAUGGAGUUGGAAAUAUAUAUGAUGUACCUAGUUUGGAUUAUUAUGAAUCUCUUCAACUUUUAAGUUCCAUUGCAUCAAAAAGACUUAACCAUAAAGGAGUCUGGGAACGUGUAAUCAGCUAUUCCCACGGCAUUCCGUUGGUUUUAAAGGUUAUCGGUUCUGAUUUGUUAGAAAACUCAACUGAUGAAGGGGAGAUUUCAUUAGACAGAUAUGAAAAAGUCUGCAAUGAAGAAACUCAGAGUAUACUUGAAGUGAGUUAUAAUAGUUUGAAUGAACACGAGAAGAGAAUUUUCAUUGACAUCGCAUGUUUCUUCACUGGAGAGCCAUUUUCAUAUGUCAAAGAAAUACUAUCUGCUUGUGGUUUCUAUACAAAAUAUGGUAUUGACAGACUAAAGGAUAGAUCCCUCAUAUCAAUCACUCCCAGUGGAAGUUUGAUGGUGCAUGAUCAUAUAAUAGACAUGGCUAUGAAUAUAGUACAACAAGAAUCACCGAUGAAUCCUUGCAAACGAAGCAGGUUAUGGUUACCUGAAGAUGUUCUUCAAGUUUUUGAUGAAAAUGCGGGAAAUGGUAACAUCGAAGUCAUGAUAUUGGACAACUUACCGCAAGAAAAUGUAGAGAAAUUGAGUGACAAAGCCUUCAAAGAUAUGAAAAGCCUGAGAAUACUAAUUAUUAAGGACGCGAUAUAUUCAGAAGUCCUCCAACAUCUUCCUAAUAGCUUAAGAGUUCUGGAUUGGAGUGGAUAUCCUUCAUGUUGUUUACCACCCGAUUUUGUCAACCUACCUUCUAAUUGUCUCAUUUUCAACAAGUUCAAGGAUAUGAAGUCUUUGAUUAGUAUUGAUUUCACCGACUGUAUGUUUAUAAGAGAAGUACCUGAUAUGUCUGGUGUCCCAAACUUGAGGACAUUGUAUCUUGAUAAUUGUAUUAAUGUUACUAAAAUUCAUGAUUCUGUUGGAUUCAUUGAUAAACUUCAAGAGCUGACAGCCACGGGAUGCGUUAAUCUAACAACAAUCCCCGUCGCAUUCAAUUUGCCAUCUCUUAGAGUUCUCUCUUUCUCCGAGUGCUCAAAACUCGCAAGGUUCCCAGAAAUAUUGUGCAAGAUCGAAAAUUUGCGACAUGUCAACUUGUGGCAAACUGCCAUAGAGGAAUUACCAAUUUCAAUUGGAAAUGUGACGGGACUCGAAGUUUUAACUCUGAUGGAUUGUACUAGGCUUGAUAAGCUACCUGGUAGCAUUUUUACACUACCAAGACUUCAAGAAAUUCAAGCUGACUCAUGUAAAGGGUUCGGCAUUUCUAUUGAAUGUGAAGAUAAUAAUGGACCGCUGAAAUUCACUGUUUCUCCAAACAAGAUUCAUCUGUAUUUGAGCUCUUGCAAAUUAACAGAUGAACAUCUUUUUAUAUGUCUCAGUGGUUUCUCCAACAUGGUACAUUUGGACAUAUCUUGCAGUAAUUUCACUGUCCUUCCACCAUGCAUUAAAGAAUGUAUCCACUUGAACACUCUUCUGUUGACAAACUGCAAUCAGCUUCAUGAAAUCUCAGUAAUUUCACCAAAAUUGAGAGAAAUAGAUGCAUUGAACUGCACAUCAUUGACAUCCCAGUCACAAAGUGUACUAUUAAGCCAGGAAUUUCAUGAAACCGGGGAAAAAACUGUAAUGCUUCCAGGAUCAAGUAUACCAGAAUGGUUUGAUCAUUGUAGCAGUGAAAGAUCGAUAUCCUUUUAUGCUCGCAAGAGAUUCCCUAGUAUUUGUGUGUCUGUUGUUUUUGGAGUGUUGGAAAACUUGCCUCAUCAUUUUCUAGUUAGAUUCUGUUUAAUCAUCAACGGCCACAAAACGAUACUAUCACCAUGUUCUAGUUUGUCAAUUGUGAAGGAACAUGUGUGGCUGUUUGAUCUAAGAGCAUUUAUCAAAAAUCACAACCUUAGAAUUUAUUUCAAGCAACAUGGUUGGAAUCAUGUGGAAGUUUCAUGUGAGGAUUGUGAAGAUGAGCAUUUUAUGGCACAAGCUGUUCAUGGACUUAGAAGAAUGACAAUUGUGAAAUGGUAUGGAAUUCAUGUGUACAGACAAGAAACCAGAAUGGAGAAUAUCUUAUUCACAAGUGCCAAGACUCUACAAGAAAAGAAUACUAAUUUUGAAAGAUUUAAUGAAGAUAAUUACCCUUUGUCUAAAAGGCAGUGUAAAUGAUAUCUAUUUAAGGACAAAACAUAGUGUUCUAUAGAGUGAUGUAGUAUAUGAAUGUGUUUGAGUAUGGCUCAUAGGUACUGACAAGUGGGUAGAGUCGAAUGAGCGGAGCGAGUCGUGAGACUUUGCCCCUUGGUUUGACCCGAACGUUUGUUCAUGCGUAAUGUUGUAAUUUGAACUGUAUUAUUGAUAUACAAGUUAUAAACCAUAAGUUCUAAUAUUUCACUGAUAAUACUAAAGUACCCUUAUCAACUGUAAAUAUACCAACACUUGAUAAGAGUACUAUAGUAAAAACAAUUUUCUUUCUUUCAUUUAUACAUUUUGUUUAAUAUGUUUGAAAUGAUCAAAUGAAUCAUUUAUUAUAGAACAAAGAGUAUAUUUAAGCACUUAAAAAUUAUGGGUAAUAAAUUAUGUUAAACACCUCAUUAGUAUUAUUAAUCAUUGAUGUUUCUAAAAAAAGUACAAUCAUUGAUUGUAAUUAAUCAUUAA